GGGAAGUAACUCCGAUUGCUGAAAUCGUCCAUAAAAGUCUCGAUCUUCUCGCACAAUAAAAGCUAUUUAUUGAACAGGAUGCAUAACAUUUUGGAGGAUGAGGGUGCUUCCUGCUGAGUCCAACUCUGUUCAUGGCAUGGGCGUGUCUAUGGUAAGGAGGUAGGCUGGCAAUAUGGAGGAUAACCAGAGUGACACCACUGACAGCACUGAUUCUAACAGUAUGGAAGGCACUUCCGUCAACAUGAAAGAAACUGACGAAACAGAUGGGGCUUGUAUCAAUUUGGAUUUUCCUGACAAUGGAGCUAACUUUACUGCCAUUAUGUCCAAUGAUGACAGUAUUGUGGUGACAAGAAAUGAUUCUGACUCUUCAGAUUCUACGAUUAAGACUGAGAAAGUUAAUGAUUGCGUCUCAAAACCAGCAACUGAACUUGCUGAAGUUGAGCCAAGCGUUGAAUCAAAAAUUAGCCAAAGACGGAAAGGUACGUCUCGAUCAAGUACCCAGCAGAUUGAGCGUGUGCUUUUUAUGUGUGGUGACUGCAAUAUAUCCUUCCCAGGUUUCAGAGCCUUGCAGAAGCACAUGAACAUUCAUCCCAAGAAAGAGCGCGUAUAUAAAUGUGGUAUAUGUGCAAAAGUCCUGCAUUCUGCUCAGUAUCUAAAGAUUCAUCUAAGGGUCCACACAGGUGAAAAACCCUUCACGUGUGAGAUCUGUGAUCGUACAUUUGGUCACCGAUCGAACCUAAAAGCUCAUCGGAAGAGCCACACAGGGGGAGACAACCUGGAAUGUGAUGUAUGCGGAAAACAUUUCGCUCUCAGUUGGCGCCUAAAGGUUCACAAGAAGAUCCAUAUGGCCGAGAAGGAAUUCAUCUGUGGAAUCUGUGGUAAGGGCUUUGUCGACAAGACAGAGUUGAAGCGGCAUAUGUGUGUUCAUGCAGAUAAGACAGAUCAUCAGUGCGAACUUUGUGGGAAGUAUUUCAGUCGAGAUCAUGCCUUGAAGAUGCAUCUGAAAAUCCACACUGAUGAACGACCUUUCCAGUGCAACGUUUGUGAAAAAUGGUUUCGGACACCAACCCACCUGAAAACCCAUCAGCUUAUACACUCCGGUGAGCGCUCGCACAAGUGCCAGUACUGUGGUCGUGCAUUCGUCUGUCCGUCACACCUGCAAAGGCAUGUGAAGAACCACACUGGGGAGAAGACCCAUACAUGUUCCGAGUGUGGCCGGCAGUUCACAAGAUCAGACCAUCUUCAAAGACACAUGGUCACACACACGGGGAAACGUGAUUUUAAAUGUGUGCAAUGUGGAAAGGAGUUCAUUGACAGAUCGGAUUUGAAUUAUCACACAAAUAAAGUACAUUCAGGUGGAAAAGAUUAUUCCUGUGAUCUUUGUGGUAAAGUUAUGUCCGGAGCACAAGCUCUCAAAAAACAUGUAGACGCACAUUACGGCUCAAAGCAGUUUAAGUGUGACCUCUGUGGGAAAGAGUAUGCAGCAGCGGUUUCAUUGAAAAAUCAUAUGAUUGCCCAUACAGGCUUUAUCCCAUUCAAGUGUGACGUAUGUGGGCGUUGUUUUACUGAACCAGCUCGUCUAAAUCGCCAUAUGAUAAUCCAUACCGGGAAUACACCAUUUAAAUGUGGAGUGUGUGGGAAGGGUUGUUCUGACAAGUCAAACCUACAGAAGCACAUGAUCCUCCACACAGAUCAGGUGUUCAGCUGUGCCCUUUGUCAGAGGGAGUUCAAGGGGUCUCACGGCCUGAAGCGACACAUGCGGACUGUCCACAAGGAAGAGUACCAAAAACAGAUUGAAGAACAAACGGAAAGACUGAAGGUGAAAAUAGCUGAGAUGGAUGAGGACCCCACCCCUGACACCCACACUGAGGUUAACAGGAGCUCUAAAGAUGGGACUAAUGUGGUGUUGAAGUGUGACAUCUGUGGGUUGAGGUGUUUGGGCAGUCUGAAUCUCCUACAGCAUGUCCAGGAGAUACAUGCAGCUGCAGCAUCCCUGGAAACAGAUCCAUCAGAGGCAAACUUCCAAACAGAGGAAGAUGAGGGUUACGAUCCAGACAGCGCUCCUCACGCUUGGGCUUUAGAACCCGAAACAUCUGUCCUAGACGAUGAUCAAGACGAUGAUGAAGAACAGGCUGUGUAGGGGUGCAGCAUUUCUGUUGCAGUGUUUGGUCUGUCUUGGGAACAGUGUUUCAGUGUUUUGUCGGUCUUGGAAACAGACUGUUAACAAAGGAAUGGUAGGGCAUUCCUGUUUCAGAGAUGGUCUCCAUGUUGAACAGACUGUUAGGAAGGGAGAGGAUAGGUCAUUCAUGUUACAGAACUAUGUCUCCCUGUGGAACAGACUGUUAGCAAGGUUAGGGUAGGGCAUUCCUGUUGCAGAGCGGGUCUCCCUGUGGAACAGACUGUUAGGGUAGGGCAUUCCUGUUGCAGAGCCCUGUCUCCCUGUGGAACAGACUGUUAGCAAGGUUAGGGUAGGGCAUUCCUGUUGCAGAGCGGGUCUCCCUGUGGAACAGGAUGUUAGCAAGGUUAGGGUAGGGCAUUCCUGUUGCAGAGCCAUGUCACCCUGUGGAACAGCGUGUUAGCAAGGUUAGGGUAGGGCAUUCCUGUUGCAGAGCGGGUCUCCCUGUGGAACAGGAUGUUAGCAAGGUUAGGGUAGGGCAUUCCUGUUGCAGAGCCAUGUCUCCCUGUGGAACAGACUGUUAGCAAGGUUAGGGUAGGGCAUUCCUGUUGCAGAGCCCUGUCUCCCUGUGGAACAGACUGUUAGGGUAGGGCAUUCCUGUUGCAGAGCCAUGUCUCCCUGUGGAACAGACUGUUAGCAAGGUUAGGGUAGGGCAUUCCUGUUGCAGAGCCAUGUCUCCCUGUGGAACAGACUGUUAGCAAGGUUAGGGUAGGGCAUUCCUGUUGCAGAGCCAUGUCUCCCUGUGGAACAGACUGUUAGCAAGGUUAGGGUAGGGCAUUCCUGUUGCAGAGCGGGUCUCCCUGUGGAACAAACUGUUAGGAAGGUUAGGGUAGGGCAUUCCUGUUGCAGAGCGGGUCUCCCUGUGGAACAGGAUGUUAGCGAGGUUAGGGUAGGGCAUGCCUGUUGCAGAGCCAUGUCUCCCUGUGGAACAGACUGUUAGCGAGGUUAGGGUAGGGCAUUCCUGUUGCAGAGCCCUGUCUCCCUGUGGACCAGACUGUUAGGGUAGGGCAUUCCUGUUGCAGAGCCAUGUCACCCUGUGGAACAGGGUGUUAGCAAGGUUAGGGUAGGGCAUUCCUGUUGCAGAGCGGGUCUCCCUGUGGAACAGGAUGUUAGCAAGGUUAGGGUAGGGCAUUCCUGUUGCAGAGCCAUGUCUCCCUGUGGAACAGACUGUUAGCAAGGUUAGGGUAGGGCAUUCCUGUUGCAGAGCGGGUCUCCCUGUGGAACAGGAUGUUAGCAAGGUUAGGGUAGGGCAUUCCUGUUGCAGAGCGGGUCUCCCUGUGGAACAGACUGUUAGCAAGGUUAGGGUAGGGCAUUCCUGUUGCAGAGCCCUGUCUCCCUGUGGAACAGGAUGUUAGCAAGGUUAGGGUAGGGCAUGCCUGUUGCAGAGCGGGUCUCCCUGUGGAACAGACUGUUAGCAAGGUUAGGGUAGGGCAUUCCUGUUGCAGAGCCCUGUCUCCCUGUGGACCAGACUGUUAGGGUAGGGCAUUCCUGUUGCAGAGCGGGUCUCCCUGUGGAACAGGAUGUUAGGAAGGUUAAGGAAGGGUAUUCCUUUUUCAGUGCUGGGCAUUCCUUUGUUUUGUAAAUAUGAAGAAAUGCCAAAGAAUUUCAGACAGGUUGAAACGCCAUCAAAACAUUGUCCACUAAAUGUAGACAUUUUUAUAAUAUUUGGUAUUCACUGAUCUGCCGAUGAAUAUUGAAGAAGUGCAGAAUGAAACUUUUUUGUUUGAAAGAGUCUUUUUUUCUUUUAGAAUGUCCUUAACAAUUUUUAAUUAGAAUAAAAUAAUAAAACCAACUACAGCCAAAUCCAGUCUGUGAUUCCGCCACUAGUCAGAAGCGCAAGCCUAAUCAUGCUCUGUUUGAUCUAGAAAGCUCAAUAUGCCCUUGCUUACCCAGUGUAUUACAGUGUACAUGUGUCACUGCAGAGUUGUGUCCCUUGGGCAUGCCAGUAACCUAGGAUUUAGGGUUGGAAUCCCGGUUAAGUUCGAUUAUGUUUCAAUAUUUUCAGCAUCAUACCCGUGCUUGUGGGUUUCACUAAUGUGAUAAACGUCUAAGCUGACAUGCCGUGAUAUAACUGGAAUACUGUUAAAAGCGGCGUUAUACCUCACUCACUCACUCAGUCACUUGAGUUGGUCUGUAACGUCAGUUGAUAAGCUAAGACUUAAAUUGGGAAAAUGCAUUAUUUUGUCCACAGUUUUGUGAUCAUUCAGUAACCUUGUUAAUCAUGGUGAAGUAAACAGCCAUUUCUCAUAUUUAUCAGGUCUGUUGCCGGAGAAAUACUAGUCACAUUUGAAAAAACAAAACAAGUUGGUUAUGAUCAUAUUAUAACAAUAAUCUCAUCAUGCUCAUUUGGGCAAUGUUGGUAAUUUGAGAUUGGGCUGUGAUUUUAGCGAAAAAAUAAAUUGUCCCAGAAAAUCCUUGGAUAAAAUUUGUGCUUCAGAUUGUUGUCUGCCACUAAAAAUACAUUGUUGCAAAAGAUUUAAAAAACUAUAUAUAUUUAGGCUCCUAGUUAUUAUGCGAAAAAUAUCUGAUUUUGUAUCUGUAGCUGAAAACAUAUCUAGUCUCCUUACAAAAUCCCAGAUGCCUCCACCACCACCCUGGGGUAUCAAACGAUGAGUACCUGACAGGAUGGUUUGUUUGUGAGGGUUUUGUUUGUUAAGCAGAAAAUCAAAUGUGAGUUUUUCUUACAUGUUAUAUUUUAUUGAAAACCAUGUUCAAUGUGUUGUUUGUCAUAGUUGAUGAGUGUAGCCAUGGUGACUUGAAAUGUAUCCUGCAGUGUUGUAGAUGUGGCUUUUGUCUCGACAGUUGGGACAAGAAUUACACCAUUUACGGUAUUUCAAACAAAUAGCACCUUUAUGAAAAUGUCUGUGAACAAAAUGUAUGUUGGUCUGACAGUGCUCACCUUGGCAUAAAUGAUCAGCUGAACAUUACCCUUGUGAAGAUCCAGGUUAGAAUUGGUCUUCACCAACCCAUGCUUGUCCCCUGUGAAGAUCCAGGUUAGACAAAAUGUUAGAAUUGGUCUUCACCAACCCAUGCUUGUCCCCCGUGAAG